UUACUGAUGCAUAUGCUACUGUGUGUUCUUUUGUUUAAUUUGCUCUCUUUCUUUCUCACUUUAAUUACCUUUGAGUUUCUUUUCCCUUUUUCAAAUUUCUUUCAUACUUUCCAUCUCUUGAGGGAUUUGUUUGGAGUUUUUGGCUUCUAAUGAGCUCAUAUUUGUGUUUGGGGAUGGAGGAGAUUAAAAAAUGGAUCGCUAGAAAUUUUAUUUUCUUUUUUUUUUCCUCAUUAAAAAGAAAAGGGAAAUGCCCUCACAUUCACUGGAAAACAUGCUAGUUUGCUCAAAACCCCAUCAAGAGAGGAAACCAAGACCUCCACCAGAACAGGCUCUCAAGUGUCCAAGAUGUGAUUCCAACAACACCAAAUUUUGCUACUACAACAACUACAGCCUUUCUCAGCCAAGGUACUUCUGCAAAUCAUGCAGGAGGUAUUGGACCAAAGGGGGCACACUGAGAAAUGUUCCGGUGGGUGGAGGCUGCAGGAAGAACAAAAGAUCAUCAUCAUCAAAGAAAUUCCAAGAUCAUCAGCAAUUAACUCCUAAUACCAACCCACUCGCUAGCCUCCCACCUUUAGCUUAUGACUCCAUUGACCCCAGUCUUGCCUUUGGUAGGCUCCAAAAGCAGUCUAGUGGGCAGCUAGGGUUUGAUGAGCAUGAUUUGUCUAUCUUGGGAAACCCAAACAACACCCGUUGUGAUAUGCUUGAAAACCCUAGCAUUCACACUUCAGCUGCAACUCCUUUUCUUGAUGCUCUAAGAAGUGGGUUUCUUGACGCCCAAUGCAGCAACUUCCAAAAUUUGUACAAUGGGUAUGGAAAUAGGAACGUAGGUGAGGUGGAAAAUAGUGGGGUUUGUGCUAGUGGAGAAAUGAUGAUGCCCUACGAAGAUAUGAGUUGUGCAGCCACACAAGCUGUGACAGUGACAACAAUGAAGCAAGAAUUGUGCAGUGGUAGAGAAGAUGAAAAUAAGGUUUUAUGGGGAUUCCCAUGGCAGCUCAAUGGAAAUGUGAUUGGUGGGGAUCUUGAUCCAGGAAGAGAAACCUGGAAUGGAGGACUUGGUUCAACUUGGCAUGGACUUCUUAACAGUGCCCUAAUGUAGUGCACCCAAUUUGUUAAUUUCACCUAGCUAGCCUUAUAAAAAAAAAAAAAAAAAAUCUGCAAGAAAGCAUAGAUAUCAGACUAAAAUAUCAGUUUUAGGCCCCCUUGAGAGUUUUGUGUUAAGAGCUAUGAUUCAUCACCUGAAUCAUGCAUCUCUCUAUUUUGAAUUAUUAUUAUUAAUUAUAUAUUUUUUUUCUUC